AUGAAGGGGAAUGUUAAAAUUUAUUUGUUCCUUUUUUUUUAUUUUACGUGCACCAUGUAUCGUCUGUUAAGAGGAAAGAAUUACAAUUUGGAUGGUUAUAUAGUAGAUGUAUUGCAAAAAAAACUGGGAAAUAUACAUAACAUUGGCCAGAAUAAUGCUAGCGACAGUUUUAACAAAAAACUUGAGAUUUUAAAAAAGCAAAUUGAAAAAAUACAAAAGUAUGAAACCGAGUAUGGAGGAAAAGGUUAUGAAGAUAUUUUGGACAGUGAAUUCCAAGAUGAGUCAGGAAAAAAAAAAAAAAAAAUUUUCGGAAUGGAUGAGGAUGAUUUAGACAAUUAUGACGAAGAUUUUUUGGGGCAAAGUGCAAAAGGAGGUCAGCAUGCUACAAAUAGUGCCAAUGGAGACGUAACAAGUACUCAACUUACGAAUGAUCAAUCAACUGAACAAGUAAAUGGCCAAUCAUCCUCAAAAACCGCAGUAGCUGCAGCAGGACAAUUAGAUCAAAAGGUUAAUACAGAUGGUAGUUUACCAAAUAACCAAACAUUAGCCACAUCUACAUCUAGUGGAUCCUCACCAACAAAUAACCCAAGCGCAUCAGGAGGAUCAGGUGCACAAGAUGAGCGAAGUGAAAAUUCUGAACUUACCCCAGAAAACGCACAAAAUUCCUCUGAAAAAGGUCAAGAAGGUACACCCCAAACAUUACCUAGUUCACCUACUGCAAGCAAUCCAUCCAUACAAGCAUCAACCAGUGGAAAUAGUAUUCCUGGGAAGGUUGCAAAUGAAUCAUCUAAGGUUAAACACUUAGACAAAAUAUAUGACGACCUUCUUGAAACAUCAGAGACAAAAAACGAAAUCGAUCAAACUCCAUACCAUACAAAAUAUAACGAUUUUAAAAGAGAGUAUGACGACUUUACUAUGAAUGAUAAGGAGUAUGAUAUGGUUAAGAAACUCUUUCAAGAGUGUUUUAAAAAUGGUGCAGGGGAGGGUUCAAAUACGACUUGUUUGAUUGAUGUAUUUAAAAAAGCGUUAGAAGAUAAUAUAUUUCGAAAAAAAUUUGAAAAUUUUAUGAACGGUAUUUACAGUUUUGCUAAGCGUCAUAAUUAUUUAAAUGACGAACGAAUAAGUAAUGAGGAGCAGUACAACGCUUUACUCAAAAAUGCUUUAACUUCAUUGAAUACAUUAUAA